AUGCCGAUUGUGAAAACCGUGAGCCGAGCUGCCAGCCAGCUGCUGCAGGGCUCUGGCUGUGGGAUUUCCAUCGUGCCUGUUCGGUGCAUCGGGGUCUCACCCCGCCAGGUGGCCUCUGACGCCAGCUUUCACUCCGUGACUUUCUCCGAGUCUGCUCAUCCUCGGGUCCUAAUUACAGGUGGCCUUGGCCAGCUUGGAGUGGGUCUUGCUAAGCUGCUGAGGAAACGCUUUGGAAAGAACAACGUGAUCUUGUCUGACAUCAGAAAGCCUGCAGAUCAUAUUUUUUAUAGUGGUCCCUUUAUCUACGCGGAUAUCUUGGACUACAAGAAUUUACGUGAGAUCGUGGUGAAUAAUCGCAUAACUUGGCUGUUCCACUACAGUGCUCUGCUCAGUGCUGUUGGAGAAGCAAAUGUCCCUUUGGCCAGAGCUGUGAAUAUUACUGGUUUACAUAACGUUCUGGACAUUGCAGCUGAGCAUAAUCUGAGACUCUUCGUUCCGAGCACUAUUGGAGCCUUUGGACCCACCUCUCCUCGAGAUCCAACUCCUGAUCUCUGCAUUCAGAGACCAAGGACAAUCUAUGGAGUCUCCAAAGUUCAUGCUGAACUCAUGGGAGAAUACUACCACUACCGGUACGGCCUAGACUUCCGGUGCCUGAGGUACCCAGGAAUUAUAUCUGCUGACUCUCAGCCUGGUGGGGGAACAACUGAUUAUGCUGUCCAGAUUUUCCACGAUGCCAUAAAGACUGGCAAAUUUCAAUGCUACCUAAAGCCAGACACUCGUCUCCCUAUGAUGUACAUCGAUGACUGUCUGAAGGCAACUCUGGAGGUCAUGGAGGCCCCUGCAAAGGCACUGACCAUGAGGACAUACAACAUCAGUGCUAUGAGCUUCACUCCUGAAGAGCUGGCACAGGAGGUGCAGAAGCAUGUUCCUGAGCUCCAGGUGACCUACAAAGUGGAUGAAGUCAGACAGGCCAUAGCUGACAGCUGGCCGAUGAACUUCGAUGACAGAAAUGCCCGGAGGGAUUGGGGUUGGAAACAUGAUUAUGAUCUCUCUGAGUUGGUGUCUACGAUGUUUAGCUUCCUUGGGUCUGACUCCAGGAUUGCUCAAGCUAACUGAAAUUGUUUGUAAGAUGUUUCCAGUUUUCCACAGAGGACCAGGAAGAAAUGGCUAAAUUAGUUUAGAAUUUUCUGAGUCUUAGAGCAUGUCAGUUACUAAUUUUCAUGAGUAGCAAUAGAGUUGGGCAGAAACAUACUGUAGCUGGAAUGUGCUUUAGGAAAACAACAUCAUUUGGUACUGUCUCUCAGCA